AUGGAGGCGAAGGCUAUUAUGAUGAAUCGGGCUACUACAAUGCCGAUGCUUCAAAUCCCUGGUUACUACGAAGGUGGUUACUACGAAGGUCACCAAGGCUAUCAAGAUGACUACUAUGAUGGCCAAUAUUACAUUAUAAGUGGGCGCCGUUGCAAUUCAGCCUCUCCUUUACUAAAGCUGACUUUCUCCCACGGCGGAUUCAGCAGAUAUCUUUUACCACCAACAUUCUCCUCCAACCUACUGUUCGGGGUCCGCGAUCCUCCAGUCAACAACACCUAUCGCGGACCCCUGAAGAGUCGACGAACAUCGCAUAAUCGCCAUCAGGACUUUGGCGAUGAUGAUGAUGAUGAUGACGACGACGAUUACUUUAAUCCGAUACAGCUACGGGGCCCUCCGAUACCCCCGAUUGACCCAGACAAUUUCGACAUAAUCGACGUUACCUCGAGGCGGACUAAACGGACAACCAGCCAGAAUCAAUGGCGUCAAGAUGUCUUUGUAAACGGAACGGGAACAGUAUGCGUCCCGGAUCUUUUGGCCGGCCGAACCUCAACAGCCAUUACAGCACCCAAGACCAAGACCAAGACCAAGACCAAGACCAAGACCAAGACCAAGACCAAGGAUCUCGUCCAAGCGAAGGCGCAAGCAGGAGGGGUUCAGCAAUGUUAG